AUGGACGUACAAAGAUCUCGCGAGAGAUUCGCGCGGCUGUUGGCGGGGGACGCGGAUGGCGCGCAGCAGCUCGGCGCGCAGCAGCAGGGGGGGGGUGGGGAGUCGUCCAGGGACGGCAAUGACAGCACGGAUCCGCUUCUGCUGUCUAUCCUGACGUGGCACCAGGACAUCACGUACGCGCUCUGCACGUACACAGACGAGCUCUGCCAGCAGCAUAGGAAUGCCGAGGCUGGGAACGCUGCGGCUGGGAGUGCCGAGGCUGGGAAUGCCGAGGCUGGGAGUGCCGAAGCUGGGAACACGGAGGAAGCAGGGGCGACAGACAAAGCAGCAGCGGUGACAGAAGAGGGCGGAGGCGAAGCGGACCGCCAGGGUUCGAUUCCUGCCGUCGUCAAAGCAGCAGUUUUGGCGGAACUACAGAGUAACGGGUAUCUCAAGGCAUUCCAGGCGCUUAUAUCCGAGGGUCAAGGUCUGGUUGAGCAGGCGCGGGGGAACUUGGGGGAGCGGGCGGAGGGGGAAGGAUCGGGGGAGGGGGAAGGAACGGGGGCGGGGGAGAAGCGAGGGAAGUUGAUAGCGGAGGGGGGCUGGCGGGGGGAGUUGGCGCUUCCGCUGCUGGAUAUGUUCGGAACGGGCGCUCUGAGCGAUGGCCGCGCUGCAGGCUGGGAGAGACGAGAUAAUGGCGGAGACCAGGGCCAUAGCGGCGGAAUGCACUCAGCUGCAAGCUAUGGCGUGCGGUUGAUUGAUGGGGGAGGGGAGGAGGGGGGGUUAGCGGGCAGCUUCAAGCAAGCAGUCAGCCUGCGCCGGCAGUACAGCAAGGGGGGCGGCAAGGCACCGGGAGCCAAGAGCGGGAAGGCAGGCGGGACAGUGAGCGCGGGGGCAGACCCGCUGACUGUCUUUGUGGUGGAUCGGAUUCGGCAUUUCUGCAGCUGGGACACCAAGCACGCGCUGCUAGGAGCGCACAGCAUCAGCUCCGCCUCCUCCUCCGCCUCCUCUUCCAGGCGCUCCUCUCUCAAGCGUCUCACCAGCACGCCUGUCAACACCAACCGCCGCUCCCUCGUGCUCCCCGCCUCCUCCGUUUCCGCCACCUACCCUUCCCCUUCCCCCCCCGUCUCCGUAGCCCCGGCCAGCUCUGUUUCUGCUAACUACUCUUCCUCCCGUUCGUCCCCUCACGCCUCCCCUUCCCCCUCCCCGACCGCUGCUGCCACUGGGGGCGGGGGUGGUGCUGCUGCUGCUGCCAAACCCCCUUCUCCUUCAGCUGCUGCUGCUGCCAAGCCGCCUUCAGACGAGCUCCCUGACUGGCAUGAUAUGGCAACAGGCAUGGUGGAAGGGUUGUGGGCGGCUAUAGAGGCCAAGGCGCCUCUGGUGGCUUCUGCAGUGGCGGAUUCGGGGGAUGGGGGGGAUGUGGGGAAGAAGAAGGAAGAGGAGGAGAAGAAGGCGAAGAAAAAGAGUGGGUUUUUUAAGCUGGGGGGUGGGAAAGAGGGGAAGGAGAAAGGGGAUGGAGGCGGGAAGGCUGGUGGCGGCGGCGGGGGUAAAGGGGGGAAGGUAUCGGUUCAGGAGAUCUUGAGGGGGUUAUAUCUGUUCAACAAUGCGGCCUACAUUCAAUCCGCCCCCCUUCCUCUCCCCACCUCCCCACCCCCUCUCUUCUUGCAAUCUUUUCUGUUCCCCGACCUGCGUAUGUCAAAGGAGUAUCGGCAGCUGGCAGACAUUCAGAUGAACCGCUUCCUUCCUCCCCUCUAUUCAUGCCUGGUAUUCGUAUCUCCCCCACCACUCCCCCUCCUCUCUCAUCCCUCCCACUCUUUGCAGCCUUCUGUUCCCCGACCUACUCUGUUCCCCGACCUACGUAUGUCGAAGGAGUAUCGGCAGCUCGCAGACACUCAGAUGAGCCGCUUCCUGGAUGUGCUGCUGAAAGAUGUGAGCGGGAUGGGUGGGGUGGGUUUCGGAGGAGUUUGGCAGGAUGUGCAAGAGGUGGGGUGGGAUAUGAAGAGGUGGGGGGGUUUGGGGUGGCAGCUGGUAGACUCUCAGAUGAGCCGCUUUCUAGACGCGCUGCUGAAAGAUGUGAGCGGGAUGGGAGUGGGUGGCAGUGGGUGGGAUAAGAGAAACGAUGAUGGAGUAAAUAGGUGCACCCACCUCGGGCAUAUCUCCAACCUCUCGCUUACAUCCCCCCCUGCAGCGUCAUCAAAUCUCUCUCUCCCCACAUCCCCUCCCCGUGCACAGAUGAUGGGGUCAAUAGGUGCACCCACCACGGGCAUUCCUCCUGCCGAGUUCCAGAAAAGACUGGAUGCAUUCAACGUGGCAUUUGAGGAGCUCUGUUUCAACAUGCGCCGAUUCCACGUGCACGACUCGGUGGCGCGCACUCAGAUCCGUGGCGUGUGUCACGAGCGAAUCCUCUCCUCCUACAAGGAGUUCCUCAUGCCCUUCAGGUGCGCCCCUCCCCCCUCCCCACACACCUCUCUUCCUCUCUUCCUCUCCCUCGCAACGUGUGUCACGAGCGCAUCCUCUCCUCCUAUAAGGACUUCCUCAUGCCCUUCAGGUAACCCAAUUCCCCUUUCAGGUAACCUGUCUGUGCUGUUUCAACACCUUCAACCCUCCCCUCCUUCAACCCUUCCCUCUCUGCUGUGUCACGAGCGCAUCCUCUCCUCCUAUCAGGACUUCCUCAUGCCCUUCAGGUGCUCCUCCCCUCUCUUCCUCUCUUCCUCUCCCCUCUGCUGUGUCACGAGCGCAUCCUCUCCUCCUACAAGGACUUCCUCAUGCCCUUCAGCAGUUCCAAGAGAGUGA